AGCCCCUGCCCCAGCCGCCCGGAGGCCCCGCGCGGACCCAGCCGCCGCCGACAUGAAGGACAAGCAGAAGAGGAAGAAGGAGCGCACGUGGGCCGAGGCCGCGCGCCUGGUGCUAGAGAACUACUCGGAUGCUCCAAUGACACCAAAACAGAUUCUGCAGGUCAUAGAGGCAGAAGGACUAAAGGAAAUGAGUGGGACAUCCCCUCUUGCGUGUCUCAAUGCUAUGCUGCAUUCCAAUUCAAGAGGAGGAGAGGGACUGUUUUAUAAACUGCCUGGCCGAAUUAGCCUUUUCACACUAAAGAAGGAUGCUUUGCAGUGGUCUCGCAAUGCAACUGCUGUGGAAGAAGAGCCAGAGGACACAGCUGAUGUGGAGAGCUGUGGAUCUAAUGAAGCCAGCACUGUGAGUGGUGAUAAUGAUGUAUCUCUUGAUGAAACAUCUUCAAAUGCAUCCUGUUCGACAGAGUCCCAGAGUCGGCCUCAAUCUAAUCCCAGGGAUAGCUACAGAGCUUCCUCACAGGCUAACAAGCAAAAGAAAAAGACUGGGGUGAUGCUGCCUCGAGUUGUCCUUACUCCUCUGAAGGUAAACGGGGCCCACGUGGAAUCUGCCUCAGGGUUCUCAGGCCGCCAUGCUGAUGGCGAGAGCGGCAGCCCGUCCAGCAGCAGCAGCAGCUCUCUGGCCCUGGGUGCUGCUAAUCGUGGCCAGGCCGAGGUCACCCGGGACCCUGCCCCGCUCCUGAGAGGCUUCCGGAAGCCAGCCACAGGUCAAAUGAAGCGCAACAGAGGGGAAGAGAUAGAUUUUGAAACACCUGGUUCCAUUCUUGUCAACACCAAUCUCCGGGCCCUGAUAAAUUCACGGACCUUCCAUGCUCUGCCAUCCCAUUUCCAGCAGCAGCUUCUUUUUCUUCUGCCUGAAGUGGACAGACAGGUGGGGACAGAUGGCCUUUUGCGUCUCAGUAGCAGUGCGCUGAAUAAUGAGUUUUUCACCCAUGCAGCUCAGAGCUGGCGGGAACGCCUGGCUGAUGGUGAAUUCACUCAUGAGAUGCAAGUCAGGAUACGACAGGAAAUGGAGAAGGAAAAGAAGGUGGAACAAUGGAAAGAAAAGUUCUUUGAAGACUACUAUGGACAGAAAUUGGGAUUGACCAAAGAAGAGUCAUUACAGCAGCACAUGGGUCAGGAUAACACUGAGAUCAAGAGUGAUUUGCAUGUUCCUGGAGAAUCAGCCCGGCCACAGCGUGGGCCAGCCACCCGGCAGCGAGAUGGGCAUUUCAAGAAACGCUCUCGGCCAGAUCUUAGGACCAGAAGCAGAAGGAAUCUGUAUAAAAAGCAGGAGUCAGAACAAUCAGGGGUUGCAAAAGACUCACAGUCUGUGGUCCCAGUUGCCCCCCUCUACAAGGAUGGAGAGACUAAGACAGACUCUGCAGGGGUGAGCAGUUCCCACCUACCUGCUCCAUCUACUGCAACACCCAAUCCAGAAGGGCCUGAAUUCUCUGCCAAGCCUGUGGCUUCCUGGAUCCAGACCAAUCCAAAUGACCAGGUGUGUACCUCUGCAACUCAGGACAGGAUUCCCAGCUUGCCUCAGGAGACUGUGGAUCAGGAACCCAAGGAUCAAAAGAGGAAGUCCUUUGAGCAGACGGCCUCUGCUUCCUUUCCCGAAAAGAAGCCCCGGCUUGAAGAUCGUCAGUCCUUUCGUAACACAAUUGAAGGUGUUCACCCCGAAAAGCCACAGCCCACCAAAGAAGAGCCCAAAGUCCCGCCCAUCCGGAUUCAACUUUCACGUAUCAAACCACCCUGGGUGGUUAAAGGUCAGCCCACUUACCAGAUAUGCCCCCGAAUCGUCCCCAUCACAGAGUCUUCCUGCCGGGGCUGGACAAGUGCCAGGACGCUCGCAGACAUUAAAGCCCGUGCUUUGCAAGUCCGAGGGGCGAGAGGCCACCACUACCAUCGAGAGGCGGCCACUAAUGCCAUCGGAGGGGGGGGUGGCCCGGGUGGAGGUGGCGGUGGCACCACCGAUGAGGGAGGUGGCAGAGGCGGCAGCAGUGGUGAUGGUGGUGAGACCUGUGGCCACCCUGAACCCAGGGGAGGCCCGAGCCCCUGUGGAGAGUGUCCGUCAGAUCUACAGCGAGCACAACUACUGCCGCCUUGUCCUCUAAACGGAUCAUGCACCCAGGCUAGCGCUGCCAUCUCCAGAGCCAAGAGAGAGGACCAGAGUCCUCUCAGAAUGGAGGAGAACUGCAUAUUCCAGAGGGUUCCGGACAGUCUUACAAGUGGGUUGGAAGAGGUCUCCCAGAUCCCUAUUGCUCCAACAGGGGACCAGCCUUGUCAGGCUUUGCCCCUGAUGUCCUCAAAAACUGAGCAUCCUCCAUUGAAUUUAGAUGUUAGAACUGAAUGUGGCUCUGGUGAUACUUCCUGGGAAAAGGAUUAUGAGCACGAACCUGAUUCCCCAGAGGCAAGUCCUGUUCAGCCUGGCAUGGGGGACAUGGUGUUAGAAGAAACCAGUUAUGCCCUAAACGAGAGUUGCUUUCCUACUGAGAAGGAGUCUGAGGUCCCCAGUUCCCCUUCUGAACCAUUAUUAGGACUUGGAGACUCGCGCCCACUGGUGGGACAAAGUGCUACUAGGCGAGAAAACUUGAAAACUGAGGACCUUGUCUCUGUUGGUGCUGCUCCUUGGAUGCCUGGUCUGUCAGUUGACAAAGCAGCGGAACAACCUGAGCCCCACUCUGGAGAAAACCUCUCAACUAUUGUGCCUCUGGUCAUAGAAGAGCAGGAUAAAACUAGGCCCCUCACACCUACACUCCCUGAGGGACUGACAACCAAGAAGGCUGUAGAUCUCCCAGACAGAUUUCCUAUACUCUGGACAGUGCAGUCUGGGGAAUGUGCUGACAACGCUGGCAGUGAUGACAAACAGGUGGGAGUGGAAAGGCUGAAAAUCAGCUUUUCCAAGAAUUCCGAAGCACUGAGUCCUCACAGCGAGUCUACAGACACAGCCUCUGACUGUGAAAGUCACCUUUCUGAGGACAACAGUGAACCUAACUCUAACGGUUCCACAGGAGUGAAGAGGUCCCUGUUGGCAGACAAGGGAGGGAACCAUGAUUGGGACCGACUUGGCUCACUGUCAAAGGUGAAAAGUGACCCUAGUCUGGUUUCACGGACUGAUGGGAUGGUUGCUCCUCAGACGUGGGUGUCUCGUGUAUGUGCCAUGCCUCAACGGAUGCCUGACUCCCUGCUUUUGGCCAGUACUGAGGAUCAUCUGAGACCUGUGUCCCUGGGCAGACCUGGCUCAUCAGUGGAGGACACUAAUCCACUCGUGAUGCAGCUAUUGCACGGCAGCUUGCCAUUAGAGAAGGUUCUUCCUCCAACCCUUGGUGGCCACAAUACUGAAUCCCCACAACUCACACUCAAAAAAGAGCUGAGCUCUCCGGAAUUGGGGUCUCUGCAGGAUCCCAACGAAAACAGUUGUGAAGUUGACAGGAUUAGCCUCGAUUCUCUCAGUGGUUCUAAGAUGCCUCUUAUACCUGAGAGCUGUGAAGCAAGCACUGAGCUUGCUAGGCUAGAGGCCCCCAAGGUUCCUGGAAUACUCCAGAAGAUUUCUAAGACAGCCCCAAAUUUCAACUCCCUGUAUACCAUGACAAAUCCAACAGCUGUCUCUGGGAAGCUGAAAGUAGAGUCCAAAGAGCAUUUCCCUUCCUCUAGUUCAGAAAAUCAGAAGAAAGCCCACGAUCCAUCUCAGUGUAGUGUUUCAGAUGCUGUCCCAGGCAAAAGUCCAGGAAAUCUCACUACCUCGACAGCCCCUUGUUUCUCAUCUCCAAAUGUGAUCUCAGAUUCCAGUCAGACAGGUGGGCCACUGUGUAAUCACAGCAGUGCUGACAGCCAAGGAAAGAAGGUCUUUGGCUCUCGUAAUGCAGCCCUUCAGUGUUCCAGGCCCCUACAGCCCGUGACGCGGCCCUCCACUAUACCUUCCAGCGUUCCCAAUAGGAAAUUGGGGCCAAGCAAGAAUUCUUUAUCUGGUGGGUUACAGACUGCCAGGGAAGACCAGGCUUUGAAGCCACCCCCUGCCCCUGUUAGUAGUAUCAAGAGUGAGAACUCAAAGACAUUCGUGGGGGGCCUCCUCAAGGCUAAUGCAGAGAACAGAAAUGCUGCCGGGCCUGGACCACAGGACCUACUAGAUGAAUUACAAGGGGUACCCUUUGUCCUUGACCUUCCCUUCUGGAAAUUACCCCGAGAGCCUGGGAAAGGGCUCAGUCAGCCGUUGGAGCCUUCUUCUAUCCCCUCUCAACUCAACAUCAAACAGGCAUUUUAUGGGAAGCUUUCCAAAUUCCAGCUAAGUUCCACCAGCUUUAAUUACCCAUCUAGUUCUCCUGCCUUUCGCAAAGGCCUCGCUGGGAGUGUGGUACAGCUGAGCCACAAAGCACACUUUGGUGCGAGCCACACUGCUUCACUGUCUUUGCAGAUGUUCACCGACAGCAGCGCAGUGGAGAGCAUCUCCCUCCAGUGUGCAUGCAGCCUGAAAGCCAUGAUCAUGUGCCAGGGCUGUGGUGCGUUUUGUCACGAUGACUGUAUUGGACCCUCAAAGCUCUGUGUAUUGUGCCUUGUGGUGAGAUAAUAAAUUAUGGCCAUGGGAAAAGUUGUA